AUGGAAGCUCCUCUCAUCCUCCUUCCUCCACCAUCAUUACUCUCUAUUUUCCGUUCCUGGCACUAUAUUUCAUUCAUGUUUUUGAUGAACCUUCUCCUAGCAGCUACUGCGACGGCUGUUGCUCUAGCAAGUCCAACCGAGGAGCUCAACUCAUGCCUCGGGCAUAUCCUCACCCACCGUGAAAACAUUGCAGUCUCAGGCGACACGUUCUACCAAAGGUGGGUAAAUCGAUAUAAUCUAGAUAUCCCGGUGACCCCAGCAGCAGUGACUUUUCCAAGGUCAUCUCAACAGGUUGCUGCCGUUGUUAAAUGUGCGGCGGAGAAUGGAUUUCCAGUUCAGCCAAAGAGUGGAGGACACGGCUAUGGCAACCACUGUCUUGGAGGAGCAGAUGGCGCUGUGGUCGUUGAUCUGAAGUAUCUUCAACAGUUCUCUAUGAACCGCAAAAAUUGGCAAGCCACUAUUGGAGCUGGAACAUUGCUUGGGGUUGUAACAAAACAGUUGCACAACGCUGGGCGGCGAGCAAUGUCACACGGAACAUGUCACGAAGUUGGCUCUGGUGGUCACUUUACAAUUGGAGGCUUUGGACCAACCUCACGACAGUUUGGCACCGCGCUGGAUCAUGUGGUAGAGGCUGAAGUUGUUUUGGCCAACUCCAGCAUUGUCCGUGUUUCCGAUAGUGAGAACCAAGAUGUGUUCUGGGCCAUUAAGGGUGCUGCAUCUGGGUUUGGGAUUGUCACGGAGUUCAAGGUUCGGACUGAGCCGGAGCCGACAACUGCAGUGCAAUACACCUACAGCUUGAAAGUUGGCACCCCAAAGGAACAAGCAGCUCUGUUCAAAAGAUGGCAAACCCAAGUUGCCAACCCCAGGUUGACUCGGAGAUUUGCCUCGACACUAACUGUGCUUGAGCAUGGUAUAGUCAUCACCGGUACUUUUUUUGGUACUAAAGAGGAGUAUGAUACCUUGAACAUGGACAACCAGUUUCCAGGCACCAUUGGCGGUACAAUUUUCAUACACGGCUGGUUAGGGCUUGUCACCCACUGGGCUGAGCGUCUGGUGCUAGACUGGAUUGGUGGUAUCCCAAGCUUUUUCUACGCAAAGUCCUGUGCUUGGACACCCGAGGACCUGAUGUCCUCCGAAACCAUUGACAGGCUGUUUGACCUUAUUGCCACUGCCCAAAAGGGGACCCUGGCAUGGUUUCUGCUAUUUGAUCUUCAGGGCGGUCGUACAAAUGAAAUUCCAACUGGAGCGACCUCAUAUGCCCAUCGCGAUGUCCUUAUUUGGAUGCAGACAUACACAAUCAAUCUGUUUAGACCAAUCUCGCAGACACAGAGAGAUUUCUUGGGCCAGGUCAAUACACUGGUCACUGGAAAUGAGCGUCCCUAUGCUGCCUACCCCGGCUAUGUUGAUCCCUUCCUGGAGCAUGGAGCCGAGGCAUAUUGGGGAGAGAAUCUUCCCCGGCUACGACGGAUCAAGGCAAAGAUUGACCCUAAAAACGUGUUCCGGAACCCCCAGAGUCCUUUACCAGCUGAGAUCUGA